GAGGGUCUGAGAGACUAAAAGGGAGCAGAUAGCAAGCACUUUCACUUUCAGGCUAGCUUCUGUCUGAGCUCACACAGACAGACUGCCCAGAGAGAGGGAGAGAUAUUGGGUCCAUUAGCCAAUAUAAAGGGUGAGAAGAGAGUGAGGUCUGUAAUAUACUGGGUCAUUAGGGAAACAGAAAGGGGAAAGCGAGGAAACGGGAAAGGCUGCUGUUUGACAGGCUGAUAGGUGGGGAAAUCCAAAGUGAGAGCGCAGUGCAGAUUGCGUGAGAGAGAGAAUGGGGUAAAGAGAUUUGGAAAGUACCAGGGAGACAAAAGGAGGAAUUCUAAAAGAGAGGUCAACGAAGCUGGAGUCUCAACUGUAGUAGAAGAAGAAAAUACAGAGCUCAGAGCUCUCUCUCGUUUGUGUCACACACUUGAAGGAGCCGCAGAGGAAACUUUGCCUACUCAGACCAGAGGACUUAUUUGAUCUGCGUAUUGCAUGCUUUCAACCACAGAAAUGGAGAAGUGGCCUUUCUCAUGAAGAUAAAAGGAUGUCACGAUCAGGUAAGAGGAAUUCAGUGAUGACCUCAAUUCAGAGUAUGCAAAAAGUGAAUUGAUUUAUUAGUGGAUUUGUAUUUGUUUAAAUAAUUUCACCACAUUACCAUUGUACUGUAAUUCAUAUAGUGGUUCUGUAAUUUAGGUUUGUAGUUCAUUUGCUCAAACUAUUAAUUAAAGCAAUAAGUUAACAUGAAAUCAUGAUGUUUCUCAAUAAGCAUGUGGCUGGAACCACAUGGGCAGGACACAUAAAUGUUCCAUCCAUUAACCUGCUGCAUUGCUCUGUCGCUCUCUCUCUCUCUCUCUCUCUCUCUCUCUACUUCGAUCUCUCUCACACAGUUUUACUGUUGCUAUCAAUAUUGACAGUCCAAGGUAGUGGAUGUGAUGACUUUUUGAGGGGGGAUCGUCAAGAAUCUUCAAACCACCAUUAACUCAGACCACGCUGGAUUUGUGAGUUUAACAUUGUGGCUAUCCUGCAUGCACCCUGAGUAAUGACAGUGGUUUAAACAAAUAUGCUUUCACUUCCUAGUGGUUACAUUUUUUGUCAAUUAGAUUGUUUGUCUAUUGGCAUAGAUGCUCUUGUGUAUACUGUGAUUCCUGAACCAUUUUUUUCCUCCAAGCGUAAGGUGUUCCCUAAAGACUAUCGGAUUUCCCACCACUACAAUGACAACCUGCUGUGUAACACUGAUCCCGUGAGGCACCAUCUAUUGAUUAAAUGACACCAUUUGAGUAAAUGAUUUAUUCUCGUGUUUUAUACAAACAUGUCACACUUAGGGUAUCUGAUAUAUAUAUCAUUAAAUCCUUCAUUCUGAUUCUCUGUUGAGCAAUACGGGAGGACGGCUCGUGGUAACGGCUGGAGCGGAAUGAGUGGAAUGAUAUCAAAUAUACAGUAUCAAACACGUGGUUUUCAUGUGUUUGACGCCAUUCUAUUCGCUCUGUUCCAGCCAUUAUUAUGAGCCUCCACUGGUUCCAGUACUCGAAAGUCUACCUUUGUGUUGUUGUCAGCGUUACCGGGGAGGAUAAUCAAUAACUCAGCACAAUGAUGAUCAGCUCUGUGUUGUGCUCCGUUUAUCCAAAUCAUCAGCGUAACCGCUGUGUCUAAAAUCCUACCUCUGUCUCGGCUGUCCCUCCAGUGUUGUGUGUUUCGUGCUGCGACUGUUCUCUCUGACUCCUGGCUCAGGCUCCGCAGCCAGCUGUGGCCAGAGCACCAUAGCUUCGAAUUCAUCUCCAACCUUAUACAAGCCCUGGAUGACAGGGGUAUGACAAAAGGGGUACGUAUACUUUACCAUCUCGUGGACAUACUCUAGUCAUAGUCGCGGGAAGUAUGGGUGCUGCAGCACCCCCAGAAAAACCAGAAUAAAAAAAUAAAACAUGUUCUUUUUUCACAAAAGUAGUGCACUGGUCCUUUACUAGUCCUGUAUUAGUGGACCGAUAUAGCCCUCUGUAGUGCCGGCAAAACGUUCUUCGCCAAACUACUUCCCAAGGCUAUGACUCUAUUAGUCUGUAUGAACUGUUUUGGAUAGAGAGAGUGUACUGUAGGUUGCCAUAGGGGGUGAACAAGUAGCAGCAUGUACUCAACAGAGACUGACACAGCAGCCUUAAACAUUUUGGACUACUGUAAAAAUAAAACAUAACUGUGCCUUGGCAAAUGCAACAAAACACUAUAAAGAUGUGUUGUUGUUACAGUCAAAAAUGACAGAAAAGGGCUAAAACAAGGGAGGUAACGUUUUUUUUCCUGACCAUGUGGCCUGACUUAUAACCAGCGCAUAGUUUUCCUGUUCAGGUCACCUAUAAUGUACGCAAUGUAUAUAACAGAGGUUAACUCCCCAGAGAAAUGGCUAUCAAUCAAUGACGGAGCACUUGCACUUGUUUGUUAAAUAACCACUCCUCUCCUCCCUUAUCCCCCUUUGCGCUCCUCCCUUAUCCCCCUUUGCUCUCCUCCCUUAUCCCCCUUUCCUCUCCUCCCUUAUCCCCCUUUCCUCUCCUCACUUAUCCCCCUUUGCUCUCCUCCCUUAUCCCCCUUUGCUCUCCUCACUUAUCCCCCUUUGCUCUCCUCCCUUAUCCCCCUUUCCUCUCCUCCCUUAUCACAUCCCUCUCUCACAGAGAUUCGAUGAUCCUGACCCUUCUGUUCUUCCCUCCGCCGCCUCCUCUCUGGAGGAACUUCUCAACUUCACUUCAUUUGUUUUCUCCAAAUGGCUGGAGCUGGGGUGCUCGACCUCGGUGGACACUUGUUCCUUCCCCACUCUGGCCUCUCCUGCUGGGGAGGAAGAAAGGGCAGAUCUGGAAAGUAAAAAAGUGAGGUUGUUAACCACACGUGCAGUUCACAUGCAACACAGGGAGAAUGGAGGGGAAACCGGGAUGAAGUUAUACAUCACACAGCCACCAACCAAUAGCAGCCCACCAUCCAAUGGGCUUCCUGGUUCUACUAGGAGCCUCCUGUUAUGUGGACUGACCUGGAUGCUACUGUACAGAAGUUGCUAUAGUUACUGAAGUGGAUCUCUUCAGUGGCGCACACAAAAUGCAAAAAAAAUAAAAAUAGAAUCCCUGCUUUUGAAAGAAUACGUCCUUUUGUUUUUGCAAUGUGUUUUGGAGCACUGGUUGGCUUUUUCUUCUCAAUCUAUCUGUUCUAGCUGUUCUAAUGCAGUAAGCUUUGUCAAUCAAGUGACUGACAUGCACAUUAAAUUGUUGCACUGAAUGUACAACUGCAGUCAAGUUUAUGUAUAGAAUAAAAACAUUUUAACUUACUGUCUGCACACCAGAGUUCUAUCAUCAUAGCCAUAAGAAACCGUUACGUACCUAUACAACAUACCCAUACAACAUAGCCAUAUGUAUUAAAAGCCAUAUUCUACACAAGCUAACUAAACACUAACAAGUGUUUUAUAUUGAG